AUGCUGCAGCCGCGAGGCCGGUCCUGCUGUCGCUGCCUCUGGUCCGCGGCGGGCGGGCGCCGAGCUGCUGAGACCAUGCCGCUGAAACACUACCUUCUUUUGCUGGUGGGCUGCCAGGCCUGGAGCGCGGGGCUGGCCUACUACGGCUGCCCAAGUGAGUGCACCUGCUCCAGAGCCUCCCAGGUGGAGUGCACUGGGGCGCGCAUCGUGGCAGUGCCCGCUCCCCUGCCCUGGAACGCCAUGAGCCUGCAGAUCCUCAACACGCACAUCACUGAACUCAACGAGUCCCCGUUCCUCAACAUCUCGGCCCUCAUUGCCCUGAGGAUUGAGAAGAAUGAGCUGUCCCACAUCAUGCCUGGUGCCUUCCGCAACCUAGGGUCACUGCGUUACCUCAGCCUUGCCAACAACAAGCUUCAGGUUCUGCCUAUUGGCCUCUUCCAGGGCUUGAACAACCUCGAGUCACUCCUUCUGUCCAGCAACCAGCUGGUGCAGAUCCAGCCAGCACACUUCUCCCAGUUCAGCAACCUCAAAGAGCUGCAGCUGCAUGGCAACCACCUGGAAUAUAUCCCCGACGGUGUCUUUGACCACCUGGUGGGCCUCACGAAGCUCAAUCUAGGCAAGAAUAGCCUCACCCACCUCUCGCCCAGGAUCUUUCAGCGCCUGGGCAACCUCCAGGUCCUCCGACUGUAUGAGAACAGGCUCUCAGAAAUCCCUAUGGGCACAUUUGAUGGAUGUGGGAACCUCCAGGAGCUGGCCCUACAGCAAAACCAGAUUGGUAUGCUCUCCCCUGGCCUCUUCCACAACAACCGUAACCUCCAGAAGCUCUAUCUGUCCAACAACCACAUCUCUCAGUUGCCCCCUGGCAUCUUCAUGCAGCUGCCCCAGCUCAACCGUCUUACGCUUUUUGGGAAUUCCCUGAAGGAGCUCUCACCAGGGAUCUUUGGGCCCAUGCACAAUCUGCGUGAGCUCUGGCUCUACGACAACCACAUCACUUCUCUGCCUGACAACGUCUUCAGCAACCUCCACCAGCUGCAGGUCCUGAUCCUCAGCCGCAACCAGAUCAACUACAUCUCCCCAGAUGCCUUCAAUGGGCUGGUGGAGCUGCGGGAGCUGUCCCUCCACACCAACGCGCUGCAAGAGCUGGACGGGAGCGUCUUCCGCAUGUUGGUCAACCUGCAGAACAUCUCCUUGCAGAACAACCGCCUCAGACAGCUCCCGGGGAAUAUCUUCGCCAAUGUCAACGGCCUCAUGACCAUCCAGCUGCAGAACAACCAGCUGGAGAACCUGCCCAUGGGCAUCUUUGAUCACCUGGGGAACCUGUGUGAGCUGAGGCUCUAUGACAACCCCUGGAGGUGUGACUCAGACAUCCUUCCACUCCACAACUGGCUCCUGCUCAACAAACCCAGGUUGGGGACAGACACUCUCCCAGUAUGUUUCAGCCCACCCAGUGUCCGAGGCCAGUCCCUCAUCAUCAUCAACGUCAACGUUGCUGUCCCCAGUGUCCAGGUCCCAAUGAUCCCCGAGGUGCCCAGCUACCCGGAAACACCACAGUACCCAGACACACCCAGCUUCCCUGAUACCACCUCCGUCUCCACUACUGAGUUCACCAGCCCUGUGGAGGACUACACUGAUCUGACCACCAUUGAGGUCACUGACGACCGCAGCACGUGGGGCAUGACCCAGGCCCAGAGCGGGCUGGCCAUUGCUGCCAUUGUUAUUGGCAUCAUUGCCCUGGCCUGUUCCCUGGUUGCCUGCAUCUGCUGUUGCUGUUGCAAGAAGAGGAACCACACGGUCCUGAUGCAGAUGAAGGCGCCCAACGAGUGUUGAAGAGGUGGGCUGGAGGCAGGGUUGCGGACCAGUGGGACCACUGGAGGAUCUGGGAAUUUCAUUGUCCUACCUCCACCCCUGGGUCCACAGAGCCACCCCCUGCUUCCUCUUGCUGGUCUCCAAGAGACCUGCCUGGUUCUCCUCUAGAGAACCACAGGAGAACCAGCUCUCGCAGGGCCUUCUUACCACCAGGAAGACCCAACUGGCCUUGGCAAGAACCCCACGGGGUUUCUAAUUCACGUCCCCGGGCUUCAUGUGAGAAAGCCCUCUCCACAGCCUUCACCAGCUCUCCUCUGACAAGCUCUCCUGGCCCAUGGCCAUGCUGGCCUCUGGACUCAGUUACCAUUCCUGCUCACUUUGUGGGAAGAGUUCUCCAUGGGGACAGCUUCUCUCCCAAGUAGGAUGUAAGUUGAUUUUCCUUCCUUUGCUCCCUGCCUUUGUGGCAUGGCUCUCCCCUGUCCCCUCAAAUGAAAGAUCUCCCGUGAGUUUCCGCUCCUGAAAGCAGGGUGAGUUCUCUCCUCCCAAAGGCUCCCACCUGCUCGGCUGGCGUCCUGAGAGCUGCCAAGGGCCUGGCUGCAGGGUGUGAAAGAAGCUGCUCAGUUCCUGCAGGGAGAGCUGCUAUCAGCAUCUCUCAUGGGGUCGUUACCUGGAAAAGGAAGAAGGGCACCUGUGCGGCAAGCCAGCCUUGUAGAGAAGAUUUCCGAACUGCAAAUUUUGACUUGAACAUUUUGGUCCUUUGAGAAAUAAGAUCAUGUAGAAUGUCUGACCCCUAAAAACUCUUAAAAUCAGCUUAUUAGUACUAGAUGAGAAAGCACCCUAGAACCUGGGGGUCCUUAUGUUCAUCCCAGGGUUUUUAUCUUUUAGCUUUUUAUUGAAGUAUAACAUGCAUACAGAAAAGUGGGAGCAUGGUUGUGUAGAGUUUGAUGGAUCUUCACAAGCAGUUCGCGCCUGUGGAAUCAGCAUCCAGAUCAAGAAACUAGACAUCACUAGUAUCUUCCAUCCUGGGCUUUGACUGGAGAGGACAGGCUUGUGGAGAUGGGUCCCCAUGAGCCUGGACGGCCCCUCACUGCCCCUGCCAGCCCGCCCUUGCCAAGGUCCAGCUGUCAGGGGUGGAGGAGUCAAUGUGGGUGUGUUAUGGCCUGGACAGGAGAUGUAAUCGGAUCCCCACACCCCAAGUCACCCAGAACGGCCUGGUCAGGGUCGUCCUGACACCCCUUUCUCUGCCAGCCAGCUGUCUGCUGCUCAUUGGAGGCCCCUCUGCCUGGGCCUUUUGGGCUUGCUAUGCCUAUGUCUGUUUUUAAUUUUCACUUUCCAUUUGGGGGAAGUGAAAUAGUUCAGACAUGAGAGCCUUUAAUUGAACAGCCGAGUGUAAUGGAACCUGGUAAUCCUUCUAGUGUGGUAAGAUUCUCCACCAGUGUUCCAGUCAGCUAGAAACUGAAGUUCAGAAUGCUCGCAUACAGUAGGCAACACCAGGCACACAGAUGGGUCACCCUGGGUCUGGGGGCUCUCCAGAGUUCCUUCUGCCUGUGGCCUGGUUAUAAGAGUUGAGUUGUUUGGUUCCUUGGGUUACAACCACAUAAAUACCUGCUUUCAUCACCCUCCCUGCUACACACAUAUUUAUGCUGGUAAAGAAACUGUGUUCAUGGCAACUCAUGUUUCUGUCUGGACAACUGGUCUAUCAGUCCCAAAGUAAAGCAGUGAAAUGGAGAACUUCAGGUCUCUGCCCAGGAAAGAGCUGCAGCCAGUGCUAUAAGCAUUUGAAAAUCCUGACUGGAAAAAAAGAAAAAGAAAAUCCUGACCAGCUCUUCCUUGUUUCCUCUGUCCCACAAAACAAAUAAGAAAUCCCCCGAGGUCUUAGCAGCAUGAUGCUGACAGGCCCCCAACAAAAAGGGUCCAGGAAGGGAUGUACAUAAGAACUAGCACACUGCAUAGUUUUUACUCUGUGUCCCGGAGAAUCUGGGAAAGAUGGGGCCUGUCAAAGGCAAAAGACAUCUCCCCAACGUAAAUCUGGGUUUCCAAAACGUUUUCAAAAUGUUUAUAGCAACCGGUGGACAUGUUCUGAGACUUGCCAGGACCCAAGAGGAAGUGAGCCCAGAGCCUGGGGCAUGGGCAUUUUUCCACCCGAUGGUGGCCUGCCCAGUUGAUUCUGGGGCCUCCGGGGAAGCUGGGCUGCUUUCCUCCAGGGAGAAGCAUGUACUCCUCGAGGUGUUCCUUAGGAGCAGACGACAAUGUCUCAUUGUGCAAGGGUGCAAGCGGGCCAGACAUGGCAGUGAGAGGAAGGAGGCAUCCUUUUCACCUAGAAGGUCCCGCCAAUCUGAACCCAGAACGCUUGGGUAUUUGUGGCAUUGGCCAUGACUUUGGAGUUCCUUUCUCGCGGGCCCAGGAUAUCAGCAUGUUUCCCCAGGCCAUAGGCUAACCUGAGGGCAGCUGUCCUGAGAUGUCUCCCUGCAGGGCACCCCCCAGUGGGGGUGGUGAACCCGUUACCCGACCCUUUGAGCUUGCCUGCUCCUUCCUCCCAUCAGAGUGGAUUGGAUGGAGCCAUUGGGUCUCCUCUUCCUCAGCGGGGCUUUGGCCUUUCUGAACCAUGUUGUCUGGUCAGGGAGCUACCAGAAAAGCUGGAUGAGGUUUCUUUUCCAGUAAGACAUUGCAUCUGCUCACUUCUCAGGACUGGAGUGAGCUUCCUGGUCCCCCAAAGCUGAGGUAGGCCACAGAAUCCACUUUAAUUUCCCCAUUUGCCUACCGGCCCCUAGGAUACCUUGCCAGUAGCAGCAGCCUCCAUUUGGAGUGAAGAGUCAACGUAGGAGGAAAGAGAAUAAAAGCCAGUUGGAGCCACUGUUCCUCAAAAACACUUAGGGUGUCUAGAUACCCUUUAAAGGACUGAACGAGCAUUUUCUUUUUAAGCCUGACAACACCCCUGUGCAUGGGUACGACGGUUAUCCCCUGGAGCUGGGUCUAAACUCACUCUUUCUUCUGCAACGUUAUUCAGCGGGCUGUGGGUUUUCUUCUCUUCACGCUUGUACAAGACCCCAUGGCCUGUCCUGGGCUUUCAUCCAUAAAGAAGAGGAGGGCCACUUGCCUGUGGCUUCCUACAGUCUGAGCCGUUGGCACCUGUUUGGUACUGCGUGGAUCGGAAGCUUGUCAACACAGGAGAUCCCUAAGCCCACCCGUCCGUCAAGGAAAGAGCAGUUUCAGGCAACUGUUUCCACACUCAGGAAGCUUACGGAGAGCAGGCAGCGAGAGAGACCUAGAGACCAAGCGCCGGUACGCAGACCCCGGCUGGGUCCUAGCCUCUAGCUACAAACCGCCCAGAGUCCAGCCCACGGGUCCCACAGCCAGAACCGAACCCGAGACCCCGAGCGGUUGGGGAGGUGGUGGGGGUGGGCUCGGGGAGGAAGCCCUCAGUGUGGUUCAGAGAAGGGGCAGGCGCUUCUCCAGGCCAGACUUCGCUCAGCUGUGCUCUUCCUCCCUCCCCCGAGGAGAGGUCACUGCACCACCCAGCCCGCUGCCUUCAAAAGUAGAUGGUGUUUGCCUCGCUUAGGGAAUCAUUGCAAAUAGUCCCAGGUGCUUGGUGACGCAUUUAGAAAUUUCUAGGCCCCCAGGGUUUUAUAGACUGUGAGCCCUGGAGGGCAGGGUUGGGGGACUGUCUUUGCUGGAUGCUGCCUGUAACAAAUUUGGUGUACAGAGUCAACAAUAAAUGGUAUACGCAGGACAACUGAG